AUGCCACCACCAGGACUUUCUCCGUCGACGGAGUGCCUGAUUCCAGUAGUGAGCCUAAGUAUUUCUGGCACAUUUCCCAAAAACCCGAUAGCCGUCACCGGGCAAUCCGUCGUUUUCAAAGUGUACUCGAAGCUCUAUCGUCGUGACGUCGCCGUCAAAAUUGUCAGUCAGAAUGCGAUUCCGGCGGCGGUGGCCGAGAAAUUUCUGCCGAGAGAGUUGGAUGUGACGAUGAAAGUUAGGCAUCCACAUAUUGCGAGGUGUCUGGCGAUCACACGACCGGCGCCGACGAAAAUUGUGAUUAUUUCGGAUUAUUAUGAGCGGGGAACGCUUUUGGAUCUGAUUUUGGAGCAGAAACGGUUGAAAGAAAACCCCCUCGCGGUCACUCUAUUCCGUCAAAUCAUCGAAGCGAUCAACUAUCUCCACACACGAGGCAUCACUCAUCGAGAUGUGAAGCUUGAGAAUAUAUUGAUCGAUGGGAAUGGAGACGUCAAACUGAUUGAUUUCGGAUUCUCCAGACAUGUGGAGAGACGCGAACGGUCUAGAAGUUUCUGUGGCACCCAACCGUAUACUUGUCCACAAAUGAAGAAGUUUAGGCCGUAUGUACCGUUUUGUGCGGAUUUUUAUGCGUGUGGUGUUGUGCUGUUCACGAUGGUCGUUGGGAAGUGGCCGAACCUCGCCGUCUCCACAAUGAACAUAUUUCCGGAUAAAUACCCUUCUCGAGCGUGUCGAAAGCUCAUCACCGCUCUACUCGAUGAGAAUGAAAGCGAUCGAGCCGGCUAUGAUGAGUGUGUGAAUUCCGAGUGGAUGGGUGGACAUCCGGCGUGGAUGUUCGCGAAUCACGCGUAUUUUUAUGAAGAAGUCCCAACUCGUGCAAUUGACCCGGAUCCGUGGAAUUUCGAAAUGACAGAGUGUUGA